GGCGCCGACGGUGAAUUAACGCCCAGCGCCUGAGGGGAGGCGAGCUCGGCGCCUGGGUCGCAGACUCCUCGCCCGGCUGGACGCGGCCGCAGCCACCAUGGGCUGUUUCUGCGCUGUCCCCGAAGAAUUCUACUGCGAAGUUUUGCUCCUGGAUGAAUCCAAGUUAACCCUCACCACCCAGCAGCAGGGCAUCAAGAAGUCAACGAAAGGUUCAGUUGUCCUUGACCACGUAUUCCGUCACGUAAACCUUGUGGAGAUAGAUUAUUUUGGUCUGCGUUACUGUGACAGAAGCCAUCAAACUUAUUGGUUGGAUCCUGCAAAAACCCUGGCUGAACACAAAGAACUGAUCAACACUGGCCCCCCAUACACUUUGUACUUUGGUAUAAAAUUCUAUGCUGAAGAUCCAUGUAAGCUUAAGGAAGAAAUAACCAGAUACCAGUUUUUCUUACAGGUGAAGCAAGAUGUGCUCCAGGGCCGGUUGCCCUGCCCUGUCAACAUUGCCGCUCAGUUGGGAGCAUAUGCAAUCCAGUCUGAACUUGGAGAUUAUGACCCUUAUAAGCACACUUCAGGAUAUGUGUCAGAGUAUCGGUUUGUUCCUGAUCAGAAAGAAGAACUUGAAGAAGCCAUUGAAAGGAUUCAUAAAACUCUAAUGGGUCAGGCUCCCUCUGAAGCAGAGCUGAAUUACUUGAGGAUCACCAAAUCCCUGGAGAUGUAUGGCGUUGACCUCCAUCCUGUCUAUGGAGAAAACAAGUCUGAGUAUUUCCUAGGAUUAACCCCAGUUGGUGUUGUUGUCUACAAGAAUAAAAAGCAAGUGGGAAAGUAUUUCUGGCCUCGGAUUACAAAGGUUCACUUCAAGGAGACACAGUAUGAACUAAGAGUACUAGGAAAGGAUUGCAACGAAACUUCAUUCUUUUUUGAAGCUCGAAGUAAAACUGCCUGCAAGCAUCUCUGGAAGUGUAGUGUAGAACAUCAUACAUUUUUUAGAAUGCCAGAAAAUGAAUCAAACUCGUUGUCAAGAAAACUCAGCAAGUUUGGCUCCAUGAGUUAUAAGCACCGGUAUAGUGGCAGGACUGCAUUGCAAAUGAGUCGAGAUCUUUCUGUUCAACUUCCUCGGCCGAAUCAGAGUGUGGCAAGAAGCAGAAGCAAGACUUACCCUAAGAGAACAGCACAAAUACAACCAGCUGGAUCAAACAACAUAAAUCGGCUAACUGCAAACAUGGAAAAUGGAGAAAAUGAAGGAACAACUAAAAUUCUUGCACCUUCACCAAUAAAAAGCCUUAAGAAAGCAAAGAAUGAAAACAGCCCUGGCACCCAAAGCAGCAAAUCUCAUGCACCAUGGGAAGAAAAUGGCCUGCAGAGCGGACUCUACAACUGUCCCAAUGACCAAACAAAGUCUCCAAAGUUCCCUAACGUGCGCUGCAGAAACCCAUCCUGUGGGAGUGACAAUGACUCUGUUCAGCCAACUAGGAGAAGGAAAACCCAUAACAGUGGUGAAGACUCAGAUCUAAAGCAAAGGAGAAGGUCACGCUCACGCUGUAACACAAGCAGUGGUAGUGAAUCAGAAAAUUCUAACCGAGAACACCGGAAAAAGAGAAACAGAUUCAGGCAAGAGAAUGAUAUGGUUGACUCAGCACCUCAGUGGGAAGCUGUAUUGAGGAGACAAAAGGAAAAAACCCAGGCAGACCCCAACAACAGACGAUCCAGACACAGAUCUCGUUCGAGAAGUCCUGAUAUCCAAGCAAAAGAAGAGUUAUGGAAGCAUAUUCAAAAGGAACUUGUGGAUCCUUCUGGAUUGACAGAAGAACAAUUAAAGGAGAUUCCAUACACUAAAAUAGAGACUCAAGGCGACCCCGUCCGCAUCAGGCACUCUCACUCACCUCGGAGUUACCGACAGUACCGCCGGUCCCAGUGUUCUGAUGGAGAGCGGUCCGUCCUCUCAGAAGUGAACUCAAAAACAGAUCUUGUACCUCCACUUCCUGUGACACGUUCUUCGGAUGCACAGGGUUCUGGUGGCUCUACUGUUCAUCAGAGAAGAAAUGGGUCCAAAGACAGCCUGAUGGAAGAAAAAGCCCAGACAUCUACAAACAAUCUGGCUGCAAAACACACAGCAAAAACAAUAAAAACUAUCCAAGCUUCACGUGUCAAGACACAUGAUACUCAGUGAAAAAGGGACUUUAUGGGGUGGGGUAUGUGUACCACCUUUACUUUGAAACUGUGAAUUAUAAUUAUUCAAAUUAGACCUUCAAGUGUUCCUUCAGCACUAAAAUGAGUCUGUUGCUUCUUUUUAAGGUUUAAUGACAACAUAUUUCUGAGAGGCCUUUUUGUUAACUGGAAGGAUAGUAGUCUUGUAAAACUUGAUGCCCUAUUUUCCUUCUUGGAAAAUGAGUCUCUCGCCUACCAUUUUAAUACUUGUGUGAGCAAAUUGUUUAAGCCUCAAUUUGAUGAAAUGACAGAAAUUGAUGCUUCUGACUAAAGCUCUGGAAUCCUGGACUGCAGCAGCUGGCUAACAGUACACCAACUGGAAUAAAAGAUCCUUAUUCGGGUUCUCAGCCUGUGUAUAUGCACAAAGACUGAAGUACCACUUCAGGGUGCAGGUAUUUUUGUUCCUUUAACUGGUUUUUCUUUUUUUUGUAAUAUUUUGUGGCAUUAAGUCCCACAUGUUAUCUACAAAUGUAAAAAGCCCUUUGUAAACAUUUCUUUCAAUUUCUAGUGUCCUUGUCUUGUUUUCAUAAAAAAAAAAAAGCAAAAAAAUCACCCUGUGGAUUUCACUUGACUUCAAGGUUAAAA